AUAGGCAAGUCACGUGUGGAGAGUCCGUUGAUCUCGUUUCGUUUAAGCAGUGUAUCUCUAUUGCUUGUUCAUUUGAUUUGGGCCCCAUUUCAUGUUGUUUUCAAAACAACAUUUAGUGUAGAUUUGUCUAUCUUCGCCGAAGAAUGAGCGACAACGAUGAUAUUGAGGUGGACAGUGAUGCAGACAAACGGGCACAUCACAAUGCGCUGGAGCGCAAACGUAGGGACCACAUCAAAGACAGCUUUCACAGCCUUCGGGAUUCCGUUCCCGCCUUGCAAGGGGAAAAGCAAUCUAUCAAACAGGCAUCCCGAGCUCAAAUCUUAGACAAGGCCACAGAGUACAUCCAGUACAUGCGACGGAAAAACCACACACACCAGCAGGACAUCGAUGACCUGAAGAGACAGAACGCUUUGCUGGAGCAACAAGUACGGGCACUGGAAAAAGUCAAUGGGACCACGCAGCUGCAGGCCAACUAUUCCUCUUCAGACAGCAGCCUGUACACCAACCCCAAGGGCAGCGCUGUAUCGGCCUUCGACGGUGGUUCCGACUCAAGCUCGGAGUCUGAGCCGGAGGAACAGCGUUCCCGGAAGAAGCAUCGCGGAGAGGACAGCUAAACAGCGGAUCCUCGGCCCGCACCACAAAGUUCUCCUCUGAGGGGAGGGAGAGUCACAGCAAUGGCCUGUUUCUUGUUGUUUUUUUGUGUACCUCAGUCGCCCCAAACCACCUUGAUCUAUCUCUUUCAGUGAAUGUCAACCCUCGAUUCCACACCUGAAGAAACCUCCGCCAGGUUUACGAGAGAGGGACACCUGCUACGGGAAGAACACUCACGGAAAACACAACUUGUUAUUACUCUCCCUCCCUCUCCGACUCUGUUCGUCCAUCUUGUGUCUUGGCACACGCAACAACAAACAAUGAUUUAAACCCAAAAUGAGGCAGCUUUGCAACUUAAGGACUUUAUGCUUUGUAUGUUUGUUUUUAUUUUGUACCCUUGUCUUCAAUCCCUCCAGAUGGAAAUCCAAAGGGGUGAAUGAGGCGUACAGCUCCUAGCACUGCUAAAAGUAUCCUUUUUUAAUUUUAUUUUGUUGAAUAACUCCAAGCCUGCUUAGAACUUACCCUUAGCCGAAUUGUCCCGGGUGGUUUGCCUUUCUAAAUAUUUGUUACAUUUCCAUAAAGUAAUGUUUUAAAAGCAUCUAUCAAUGUACCCCUUGUUAGACCUAUGGGAUGAGUGAGCGAUAAAAUCCCUUAUUUAAAAAAGAAAAAAAAAUGCUUUAUUGGAAGGCUGAUGAGCUUGUGUUGUAUUUGUUGUUUUAGCCUGAUGUAGUAAAGUUUACAGGUUGGGGAAAAAUAAAUUUUGUAAAAAAAAAAAAAGGGGGGGGGGGUUAAAGUAAAACGUGAUUAAACUUAUAUUUUGCAUCUGUCACCUGAGCCUCCCAAACAUGUUUUUCAUGUAUUUCACUUGGGAAUAUAAAUGUUACGAAUGAUGUUCCCCCCACAAAGCUAGUCAAUAUUGAAAGAGUAGGUUCAUGUCGUGACUUUUAAAGGUAAAUGUUCAUUGGAAACCGCUGCACACUGCAAAAGUUGCAUUUUGACUAUAUAAGAGUGCGUGUGUGUAUCUUUUACCAUGUUUUCCACUUAGUACAUUAGUAAACUGAGUAGGUCUGAUUCCAUCCAUGGAAAUUACUGGUAUGUUGUACAUACUGCCAGCAGAUGAGGCCUACCUUUACAAUGAGAAGAUAAAUAAACUAUUUUAUCCUUUA